AUGCGACGUCGAGAACAUCUUCACGUCUUCCAAUACCUUCUACUUUUGAUCUACGCCUCCUCUAAAAAUGGUUACUGUGCAUCGGAGCACGAAUGCAAAUGUAUUCUGUUCAAUGUGACGAGUGGCGGAUUUCAGAGUCCGGAGUUUCCGGCGCCGCUUGAAAACGUGCCAUGUCUGUUUUAUCAUUUUCAGGCCCCACCAGACCACAUAAUUCGUCUAACCUUUGAUGUCUUCCAACUACCGCCCAGGAUUGGAGUCUGCUCGUCGUCAAUUAUGCUCUUCGACCAUUCGCUCGACGGACUCAUCGAGUUCGGCGAGCGUGCCGACUUUGAGUUUUGCGGAAAAGAAAUCGCGUCGGGCCGACAAUUCUUUUCAAAAGAGCAGCACUUUCUAUUGCAAAUUAGCAGUGGCGGGAAGGAGGCGGCGCGUGGAUUUCGCGGCACGUUUUUGGCGAUUCCGAAGGCGAAUUUCACGAGUGACGCCGUCGAGAUGGCCGAGUGUAGUUAUCGGGUCGAGAAGCAGAAGGCAAUAAUCUACUCUCCCCAGUACCCCUACUACUACCCGUCUAAAGUCAAUUGCACAUACCAUGUGCCACAAAGGAAAGGGUUUCAGAUAAUCAUAAAUUCCAUCGUAAUGGACAUCGGCCGCGACGCAAUUCUUCAAAUUUUCGAGUCGGUCGAGGGAAAAUUCGAGAAGCGUCUCAUCGAAAUGGUGACGUCCGUGCAGAAAUCAAUUUACGUCUCGUCGACCGCCUCGCUUCUGAUUUAUUUCUCCGCCGGGAAUAACGACGUCGAACGGGCAGUUGGCUUCGUAAUCGAAUUGCAGUACUCGAAUGCGGUUUGGAGCCAAUCUCCGGAAGCGUCAACGGACUGUCAGCUGAACGUGAACUCGGAGAAUUUCAAAGAGGGCCAACUCUCGUCGGAUAAAAUCGGCCGUUUCACGUCUUCAUCGCUACCGACGAAAUGUCAAAUUGUGCUACAAGGCUAUCCGAAUGAGAAGAUUAGUGUCAAGUUUACGCACUUCAAUUUGUAUGUGCCAGAUAAUAAGAAUGUGACGAAGCGUUGCACGGAAGUGGACAACCUGUCAGCAGAUGUACGUGUCGGGUCCCGUCUAUCGAGAAUCGAUGAGUGGUGUGGAAAACGGACGCCCCCGAAUCUGAUGAGCAGUUCAAACCUGUUACAGUUGGAGUAUAACACUAAAUCCUCCAAAGCAAUUCGAGAGAGCACAAAUGACAACAUUGGCUUCCAGUUAGAAUACAAAUUUCAUACCGAUUGGAAUAUGGGAAAUAUGAAGGCGAAGGUGGAUAAGAGGAAAGAGUGCCGCUUCUCAUUCAACUCAUCGGAGCACACAAACGGCAAACUUUGGUCGGCCAACUAUCCGGGCUUGUACCCGCGCAAUGUCUAUUGUGAAUAUAUAUUCCAUGGGCGGAACGAUCAAGUCGUGCAUAUUCAUUUCGAGUAUUUCGAUAUCGAGGGGUUUAAUCAAUGCGACGAAGCCACCCAAAGCGACUAUAUCCUCUUCUCCAACUACCAAACGCACGACCGAACGAACCGUCGAUUCUGUGGAAAAACAGCGCCAAAAGGCCCGAUCCUCUCGGAAUCCAAUUAUUUCCGAAUGAUUUUCUCGACGAACGACAUCUUCGACGCCACCGGAUUCUACGCUCACUACCAAUUCAUCACUCAAGAGAAAUCUCAAAUCAGCCGGGUCAAGCUAACGAUAUCUUCUAGCCACACUCCGUUCUCAACCAUCUUUUUUUAUGUGAUAUUUUCAUUAUUAUUGAUUUUUUGA